AUGACCUCUUAUUUCCCGACAGCUCGUGUGCUACAAAAACAUUUUAGAAAGCGGCGUGCGAGAUCUCCUCCAUCAUCAACUGCAGAUACCAAGGACACUACAAAGACCACGAGCACCACAGCCUAUAAUUGUAACUUCCAGCAGAAUCUAAUCGAUCAUGGCGUUUACCCUGAUGGACCCUCUCUCUCAUCAUCAAAGUUCUCUGAUGGGCAUUUCCGGAAAUUCAAAAGAGCGGAUACACAUGCGUCUAAAGAACAACCAGUCACAACAUCAGUGAUUCCUAUCAUUGAAGGCAAUGUCAGUGAUCUUAAAUGCACUGCAGGAGGAUACCUGUUUGGAAAUCUUGCUCCCUUAACUGAUGGCACACUGGCUCAGGCCAAACCAGAUCACUUCUAUGAUGCACGUCCUGAGCAGCUCGAUUGUCAAAUCUGCAAAGAGCUUAGCAACCAUAUCAUAUCAUCAACACAGUGUUAUCUUCUGAUGCUAGCAAACUUCUUUUUGGAAGCAAAAGGUCCCGAUGGAUCCUUGGCUGUGGCUACAUGGCAGGCUUCCUACGACAAUAACACUUACACUCUUGCGUCAACUUAUCAUGGCGGCACACUAAAAUUAUACACCACUCAUCUCACUGAGCCUGAAGGCCCAAACCAUUGUCCUGAAUAUUUUACAACCCAGUUCAAGGGCUGGUCAAUGACCAGCGACCCACAAACCUUUCGGGAAGGAGCAUGCGCAUAUCGAAAUGCUCGAGAUUGGGCAAAGGAAAAGAGGGAUGGAUUUAUCAAGUUGGCAAAUGAACAACGCCUGGAUGCCCAGUCUCAACAGCAUUGGGUGUCUCAGCAAGGGACGGCUUCGGAUGAAGCUGUCACCUUAGACGAUUCUGAUGUAUCAACGGUGUCUGAUGAAGUUGCCUAUCAGAAUGUGCAAUGGAGUUUUGCAACCCCAGUUGAAGAUGCGGAUGAAAUAUCUUCAAUUCUUAGCAGAAUGCCCAAAAAGCCCAGGCUGAAUGCUAGUGUUCCUUUUGAUGGUACAGCAGAUAAGAUUACAAGUUAUCCAAACUGA